AUUGCAAUAGUAGUAGUAAGUAGACAAUAGUGCGUAGUGGAAUAUAGUUGAUUUACUACUACGUCAUAUGUGAUUCAUCAUGAUGCAUAUACAAAUGUAACAUAUCACAACAUAACCUUAAAAAGCUAUCGUAUUGUCUACGAAGGCAGGAUUAAUAAGUAAUUCUAAUAUUUGAUAAAAGGAUUGUAUCAUUUCAAAUUUAUUUUACACUAUUAUUUAAAUAAAAUUGUUAAAAAUGUCCGACGACGAGAUGGAAAAAUUCCAAAUCUCGGAUUACGAUUUAGAAAAUGAAUUUAAUAUAAACCGUUCUCGUCGAAAGAUGUCUAAAAAACAACAAAUGUUAGGUAUAUGGGCUAGCGAUAGUGAUGAAGAAGAAGUAAGACCGUCCUUUAGUAGAGCACCUAAAAAUUAUACGGCUCCUGUAAGUUUUGUGCCUGGAGGAAUACAGCAAGCGGGACAACCAAAAGUAAAAAAGGAAGAAGUCGAGGAAGAUGAGGAAGAUGACGACGACAAUGCAAGAAUAAAGAAUAGUUCUAGCGAAUCAGAAGAAGAAAAGCCUAAAACUCGAGCGGCUGAGUCUUACAAUUUCACAUUAGGUACUGAUAUCGCUGGAUUACGAAAGAAACGUGCUCCAUUAAAUCCAGAACUCAUGAAAACCGGAGUCGGCAAUUGGGAAGUUCAUACGAAAGGAAUUGGUGCAAAAUUACUUCUUCAAAUGGGUUUUGAACCAGGUAAAGGGUUAGGAAAACAAUUACAAGGUAUAAGCGCACCCGUUGAAGCUCAUUUAAGAAAAGGUAGAGGUGCUAUUGGUGCUUAUGGACCAGAAAAAACUGCAAAAGUUUUGGAUAUUAAAGCAAAGACUGAGGAUGGCGAUUUAAAAAAGAUAAGUAAAAGUAGAACUUCUCACUGGAGAAAAGUUGAUAAAAAUGACAAGAAAAAGUCAAACUACUCUUAUCGCAGUGUGGAUGAAGUAUUAGAAGAUGGAAGAUUAAGAAAUAAUAGAAAAGCACCAAUAAUAAAUGCUGAUAUUGCUAAAUGUAAAGUUACCGACAUGACAACACCCGAGCAACGAGUAUUUAGUGGCUACCAUGCUUUAGGUAAACGUCAUUUGCAACCAGUCGAAGACUUACCAACGACAGAUAAGAAAACAACGGUAAACUUUUCAUUACCAGAAUUACAACAUAAUUUAGAUAUGAUUGUAGAUAUGUGUGAACAAAAUAUAAUUCAAAAUGAUAGAAGAACAAAGCACCUUUGUAAUCGAGUAAUUUCUCUAUUAGCUGAAAAACAAACUCUACUUCAGAUUGUUGAUCAGCAUGCACAAUUAAUUGGGACAUUAGAAAAUGCUUUAGCUAUGAUUAAUAAAUUAUUAGACAGAAAUAGUGAGAUGACUUUAAAAGAAACAGCGGAAGCUUUCAAAAUUUUACAAGAAAGGCAUUACGAAGAGUACAAGGCAUAUGAUUUAGGAGAUUUGGCAUGUAGCUUUAUCAUACCUAAAAUUAAAGAACAUCUUGCAAAUUGGAAUCCAUUAUCACAAUCUAAGUUACCAUUAGUAUUAUUUAAAGAGUGGAAAGAUAUAUUAGAAUUUGGGCAAAUGAAUCAGCACACUCGAUCUAUGAGUCCUUACGAUCAACUAAUUUGGAAUGCAUGGAUGCCAUCAAUUCGCGGUGCUAUACAGAGCUGGGUUUGUAGACAACCGGAUAAUCUUAUUGACUUACUGGAAUACUGGUUACCGCUCCUUCCUUCUUGGAUCUUCGAUAAUCUCUUAGACAUGGUUAUUCUACCUAAACUAACAUUGGAGGUAGAAGAGUGGAAUCCAUUAACGGACACCGUUCCAAUUCAUACGUGGAUCCAUCCCUGGUUACCUUUAAUGAAGAAUCGCAUGGACACAUUGAUAUAUCCAAUAAUUCGGAGAAAGCUUGGCUCUGCUCUUGGGGCAUGGCAUCCAUCCGAUCGCUCAGCCAGAUUAAUGUUACAGCCAUGGGCGGCAGUUUUUACAAAAGCCGACAUGGAUGCUUUUCUAGUAAAAAAUAUCCUACCAAAGCUACAGAUUGCGCUUUCCGAAUUAAUUAUCAAUCCACACCAGCAGCAUCUUGACCAAUGGAAUUGGGUUUACGAAUGGAAAGAUUUAAUCCCUGUUCAAACUAUGGCUGCACUAUUAGAUAAAUUGUUUUUCCCCAAGUGGCUACAGGUCCUUGGUCUUUGGCUAAAUCAUUCGCCAAACUACGAACAAGUAACCAAUUGGUACACAGGCUGGAAGGGAAUGCUUAACGAUAAACUUCUUGCCGAACCAAUAAUCAAAGAGCACUUUAGAAAAGCACUGGAAAUGAUGAAUAGAGCCGUAUCUAUACCACAAGGACUUCAGCCAGGUUCGGUGGAGCAAGUUUCAUAUUUAACGAGUCUGGAACGUAAUCAGUCACAAAUUUCUCAAAUAUCACAAAUUUCUCAACCAAGGAUGGAGAGAUUAGCGGAAGCCGUUAGGACAGCGUCGCAGAUUCCUCAAGGCUUCAAGGAUUUGGUACAAAGGAAGUGCGAAGAACGAGGUAUUUUAUUUAUGCCACUAGCCAAUAGAUAUCGGGAAGGAAAACAAGUUUAUAAAGUUGGCAACGUUCAAGCAUACAUCGACAGUGAUAUACUAUUCGUUUGUCAUAACGGAACAACCUGGUUACCGACAAAUCUCAAUACUCUUUUGGAUACAGCCGAGAUCAAUUAAUUUUAUUCCUUGCUACAAAUAUAUAAUAUUUGUAAAAUAAUACAUACAAUCUGACUU